CGCAUGCGUUCAUUAUGAUCAAGUAAAUACGUGACAUCUUUUUCGUUGUUGAGAUAUAUUUAUUAUCGUCAAGAGGAAAACACAUUUUUGUUUUAAAAUAAAAAAAAUAUUUAUCGAUCUAUCUCCAUGAAAGAACUUUGAUUUUGGUUACCCCAAUUUAAUGCGUUUUAGGUUAUUUUCUAUUCAUCGAGCAUCCCAAGUAAAUCAACAUUUGAUUCAUUGAAUUCAAGUUUUUUUUAAGUAAAGCAGAGGCCAAAAAAAUAGGUUUUUAACAAUGUGCACAAUUAAAGAUUCAUCAUUGAUGGAUGAAAAUGAUUUUACUUCAUUGGAUAAUUUUGAUUCAUUAGGUGAUCCAAUGGAAAUGACUAAACUAUUUUAUGAUCGUUAUCUUCAACGAAAGCAAUCGGAUUCAUUACAAUCAAAAACAACAACAACAAAAACGGAUGAUUUUCAAAAAGAAAUUGUUGAAGAAAUUCGUAAAUUAAAUCUGGCUUUAAAACAAAUUCAAAUGGCUGUGGAUGAUAUUCCGGCUAAGAUUGAACAAGCAAUCAAAUCUUUUCAUUUGGAACAACAACCGUUUGAAAAGCAAAGUUUGAAUUUGGAUCAAGAUAAUGAUCAUGAUACAACAAUAAUUUCUGAUGAUAUUGAAAUAUUGGAUUAUUUCCGUAAUACCGAUUUGCUGGGUGCACAAUUGAAUGAUAAUGAUAAUAAUAUUAACAAUAAUAAUAAUAUCAAUACUAAUCGCUGUGAUCAAUCAAUUAAUUUGUCUUCAUUAUCUUCAAAUUUACAAAAUUAUUACGAAACUGAUUUCUAUCGUCAUUGGAGCCGACAUUUUCAUCGUCAAAUUAAAUCACCAUCAUCAUUGUUGUCAUCAUCAUCAUCAUCAUUAUUGUCGAAUGAAUUAUAUAAAUUAUCAUUGAAUGUUUUCAAUGGUAAUCGUACAUGGCUUUAUCAUUUGGAUCAUCCAUGUCCAAAAGCUAAUCAAUCGAUUAUGCCUUAUAGCCGUGAAUUGGAUCUUGAUUUUUGGCUAAUGAAUUAGAAUUGUUCGAUUCGAUUCGAACGAAAAAUUUAUUGGCUGAAAAAAAAACAAAAUGUUUAGAUGAAUCCAGUUUUUUCGCUCCAUUUUUUUUAGUAAAUUCAAUGACAAAAACCAAAACAAAACAAUAGAAUUAUAUUCAAUUUUUCAAUUAUUUUUAUCAUUUUUUUUUGAAAUUAUGGCAAUAUAAUAUCCUAUAUAGAAUUAUUUUAAAAUGAAAUAAUAAAAUUUCGUUCGAUUUUUUUU